UCAGAUUCCAGGCCAUGAAUUUGACAUUUGGCUGGAAAAAGUCUCCUUUUCACCUCUUUUUGUGAUCCAAAUUUCUGUGAUUAUGUGGUGGUCGUCUCGAGCUGUAUUGUGAUGGGCUGUAGACCAAGUAAAGCAGACUUUUUAUCUGCUAGAUUCGGUGAGGACAGUGCAUAUUCAGGUGACAGGUCAGAAAUUACUCAAAAACAUGCAUCAACAAAUUUGUCAAAUGCUUCUGGCAGUGUAAGAAUAGGGGGCCAGAGACUGGCACAGCAUAAUGACUAUGGCAUGCCAUAUAGUGCCAAUACCAAAAGGACGCUGUCACAUUCUAGUAGUGAAUUUUCAACUGUCACGACCAUAUCGGGCACGUCGAAAAUCCGAGUGACCUUGUCGAGUGAUGGCUCGAUGAUCGAGGUGGAAAAGUACGAACCCUGGGACGCAUUCCCGUCCCCGCUUCCAGCGCUAAGGGCAAAUACUAGGGGUGGUUUAGACAAUGCCGGUUUCCGUAGUGAUGGCACCGAUACUGACCAGACAGAUUCACCCACAGGAAUUCGAAAAAGUAAGCCUCCGCCAAAAAUGCACUCGAUGCCGAACUUGAGAUUAUCGGUCUUGGGAGACAGCCAGCGUUCCCAUUUGCCAAGAUUGGAAAAGAAGAAAAACUAUGCUCAAUUUUUUAGCAAGAAACAUGAUAAAACUUCCAAGUUUUCAACUUUAAAACAUUCCAAGACUGAGAGUAACGUACCAAGCUUUCGAGGUGAACAUUGUGAUCGUGAUCUGGGCCUAGACGUCGGUUCCAUUUCUCGCUCGCGAAGUCCAAAGUUCCACAGUGAGGAUAUGAUUAGGGAUGGAGAUGUAAAUCCAGACAGCCAGUCUGAACGCACAAACAGCUCUUCAAGUCAACAGCGAUUGAAAUUACCCACUAUCAACCGAAGUAACACUAAGACUAAGAGUGAUAAAUUAAGAAAAAAAGACGGGCCUACCCCAUCGAAGUCUAAGACUGAUUGCCCGCCAAAGACAUUAGUUGUUGACUUACACAAUCCAUCUGAAAUUCAGGCGAAUACUGCUAGUGAUUUGUCAAAUGGAAAUUUGUCAUCAACGGAGCAUUUGUCGAAUGAAAACGAGGAUGUGUUGGAUUUAAACACAAAAUCGCCAAAUCUGCCAAAAUCUAGUCGCAAGUCAUCGUCUGCAGGGAAGAGGAAAACCGGACUACUUUUCCGUAAAACUAAAUCAGACCUUACCAAUAAGUCUAGUAGCAUGAACGAUUUCGUUAAAAAAUCUGAAAGUGACUCCAGAAGGAAUGUUACCCAUUCUGAAAAUAGUAGUAUGGAUAUCAGCAGUGAUUUUGAAGACGACCUGGCAUUAGCGCUGAAGACGUCUGAAGAAACAAAACUUGAGUUUGAUUUGGCAAAGAUUCAAGUACACCAAGACUUCUUCAAUGAUUUUGGAGACAAUUUCAACGACGAUGACUUCAUGAACAGCUGACAGGAAUCGAUUGUUUAGUGCCAAGAUUUGCCAGUUGUGAGCGCAGUCUUUCCACGAACCGUGGAACGUGUGAUGCAUGUUUCAGUAUUACAGUACGCGCCUAGUCUGUGAUAAGGAUUAUGAGAGGAGUGGAUGUACGUGGAUUCAGACGAGAUGUGACUGAUUGUCUCUUAGAAUUGUGUUGCUGACGCGUUUGGGAUAGAAUAAUGUCAUUGAUGAAGAGCUCAGCUAUAAGCUCCUCUGAAAGUUUCUUCACCGUUGAAACAGUGAAGAAGCUCACUGACAGGUUGUAAAUGUAAACAAGGAACAGUCAUUGCUGCACCUUAAAUAACGAUCAAACCAGGCAAUUGUCGAUUCUACUCGCAGACAAGCAAACUUUUUAUUGCUCAUCGCAGCUAUAAUCAUCGCGAUAAAAUUCACCUGUCUUGGGGUGCUGUAAAUAGCAAAAGUCUUUGACAUAUAGCAUUUCCAAGUUUAUUGAGGUUUUGCCACAGUAGGCCUAUAAUGGUAAAGAAAAUUAAAAGCUUGGAAAUAGCUUGUCUCUUUCUUGGUCAGUUGGUACAAAAAUAUAGUAUUUGGAGACUAUCUAUAAACUUGAAUCUCCCCCGUGGUUGUUCGAAUUUUGAUUUUGAAGUCUAUCGAUAGUCUCACUUUUGUGAGUUCCUACUAGGUGUCAUGACUAGAUGUCUUUCAAAUAUGAUGAGGUCAAAACUCGACGAUAUAUUAUGCUACUACAAUGUGGUAUUGAAGUAUUUUAUUUAAGGUUUUGUGCACUGAAACCAAACUGGUUCUUAUUUUAUUAUUUGUCCUUGUUUGUAAUUUGCUUAUUGUGAUUAUGAUAUGGUAAUAAAGUAUUGUUUACGACUUUAUGGUAAGUUUUAUGCAGGAAAACUAGUCAAUUAGGUGACGAUUUCUAUCUUUUAGCAUGAUAUGCCAAUAUAUAUGUUUGGUAUUCGAAGACACAUCGAUUGCAAUGUAUUGUUGUUUUCUCUGAAAAAAUACAUUGCGCCACGUUUUGGCUGCAGCAAUUUGAUGUUGCAAUCAUAACGGCUUUGGUUGAUUGGUGCCAAAACAGUCAUAAUCACAUUUCUAUGUUUAGUUGGAGGUGUCUUAGACUUAGUACCUCACUCCCUCUGGUUGUCUCACCAAAUGCUGCUUGAGUGGAGCUGUCAUUUAGAGAGCCUGAAUUAUAGCUUUCCACUCUUGUGGUGUUUGCUGUGACAACCAGUACACCCAGCUCAGUAUCAAUUCUUCAAGUCAUGCAGUCUGAUUUAAUGAUCAGUUAAAGAGAAAGUACAGUAGAACCUCUCUAUUAAGGACAACCUGUCCAGGUGCUGUCCCUAAUAGAGAGGUCAAGUUGAAUGGAAACAACCUUUUUGGGACCAAAACUAGUGUCCUUAAUAGAGAGGUUGUCCUUAUAGAGAGGUGUCCGGUAAGGAAGUUUCUACAGUAGAUGGAACUGUGCUACAUUUCAUUUACUACAGUCACUGAAUUUGAAAUAUUCUAGAUGCAAUCUACUGACUCUUCAAGUAUAUUGAUGGGUGAUUUGUUUAACUUUUACAAAAGCAAUUUGUUUAUAUUUGCAUGAGGGGCUCUGUAAGGGUGGAGGGGGUCAAUUCCAGUAGAAUUUUUUUAGGUUAAAUACUUGAUGGAGAGAGUAUGUUUACAGGCUAUACAGCUUUCUCUGUGGCUUAGGUAUUAAAAAUAUGAUUAUGUGAUAAAAAAUAGAUUUAUUGUCAGUGUUAUUUAAAAAAUUAGGAAAAUGUAAAGCUAGUCAGUGACUAGUCAGAUUAU